AUGUGGGGCUACAGAAGGACAUACGCAUACUGGGCCGCGGAGGGCAAGGACGGGGCCACUGAGGGCAGCAACGGGGCCACGAAGGGCAGCGAGGGGGCCACGAAGGGCGACAGCGGGGCCACGAGGGGCUGCAACAGGGCCACGAAGGGCAGCGAGGGGGCCACGGAGGGCUGCAACGGGGCCACGAAGGGCAGCGAGAUCCCGAUUCCGAGGAAGCACGCCGUCGGGCAGGGGAGUGAGGUCCGCGAGGGCCUGCCGGAUCCCGUGGUCUUCUCCCAGCUGGCCGUGAAGGCGUCGGCCGCGCAGGUGGAGGCGCAGGCGCGCGCGGAGGCCGAGAAGGAGGCGGGCGAGGCACCCCCGCAGCCCGGCGGCAUGCUGGCGCUGACGGACAGCACGCCAGUCGCCCCGCCGCACGCGUGCGCCGGCUGCGUGUGCGACCCCUUCGUUGCGGUCAGAUUUCUCCCAGACCAGCGCCUACGGCUCUUCCGCAUAUGCGACGCUCUGCGCGUUGAGGAGAUUUCGGACAAGUUGCCAGAAGAUGCCGUCCGGCCUGUGAUCUGCGCUUCGAUCUACCGCGGCCGCGUCCAAGGCCACUCCGAACCGCAGCUGCUCCUGGUGGUGCCACCGGGCGGCCGGCCGGAGCAGGGGCCUCGGCUUCGGGGCGGGAUGGUGAGGUAG